UGCUCCCCCUGCCGUGCUGAGCCGAGGAGGAGGCGGCUGAGCCCCCAGGCGGGCUGGGGCUGAGCCUGGGGCCGGGGCGGGAGCUCCGGGGGGACCAUGCCCGGAGGCCGGCCGGGCGCAGUAUGGCUCACGGGCCCGGCGCGCUGAUGCUGAAGUGCGUGGUGGUCGGCGACGGGGCGGUGGGCAAGACGUGCCUGCUCAUGAGCUACGCCAACGACGCCUUCCCCGAGGAGUACGUCCCCACUGUCUUUGACCAUUAUGCAGUCAGCGUGACCGUGGGUGGGAAGCAGUAUCUCCUGGGACUCUACGACACAGCUGGUCAGGAAGACUAUGAUCGCCUGAGACCUUUAUCUUAUCCUAUGACUGACGUCUUCCUUAUAUGUUUUUCUGUUGUAAACCCAGCCUCCUUUCAAAAUGUGAAGGAGGAAUGGGUCCCAGAAUUAAAGGAAUAUGCACCGAAUGUACCCUUCUUAUUAAUAGGAACCCAGAUUGAUCUUCGAGAUGACCCCAAAACUUUAGCAAGACUGAAUGAUAUGAAAGAAAAACCUGUAUGUGUGGAACAAGGACAAAAAUUAGCAAAAGAGAUAGGAGCAUGCUGCUAUGUGGAGUGCUCAGCUUUAACACAGAAGGGUCUGAAGACAGUUUUUGAUGAAGCUAUCAUAGCCAUUUUAACUCCAAAGAAACACACGGUGAAAAAAAGAAUAGGAUCAAGAUGCAUAAACUGUUGUUUGAUCACGUGAGACAGGGCUGCUUUGGCCAGGAAUACUAUGUAUUUCUCUCCUACUAUAGGAAACGGUACAGAUAAACCUCUUGCAGGUAAAGUUUAGA